UUGGCUAGCUGCCAACCUAAAUACUUCAACACGAAGUCCUUCAGAUCAUCUCUCUUCUUCGCUUCUUCCUUUCCUCUUGCACCCCGCGCAGCCAGCUCUGCAGCUCUUGGAAACGUUCCAUUCACGCGUUCCGGUCUAGUUUUCUUUGUUCAACAUCGUAACUACGCCAAGUCAAGAAAGAUGCCUCCCAAGAAGCAAGUCGUUGAGGAGAAGAUCCCCCUGGGCAGGCCUGGAAACAACUUGAAAAGUGGUAUUGUCGGUCUAGCAAACGUCGGCAAAUCUACCCUCUUCCAGGCCAUUACCAAGUCUAACCUCGGUAACCCAGCUAACUUCCCCUAUGCCACUAUCGACCCUGAGGAAGCUCGUGUCGUCGUUCCCGAUGACCGGUUCGACUGGCUCGUCGAGAAGUACAAGCCCAAGUCAGUUGUUCCCGCCAACUUGACCGUCUAUGAUAUCGCCGGUCUGACUCGCGGUUCAUCCACUGGUGCUGGUCUUGGAAACUCUUUCCUGUCCCACAUUCGCGCUGUUGAUGCCAUCUUCCAGGUUGUUCGUUGCUUCGACGAUGCCGAGAUCAUUCACAUUGAGGGUGACGUGAACCCCACCCGUGAUCUUGACAUCAUCAGCGAGGAGCUCCGACUCAAGGAUAUCGAGUUUACUGAAAAGGCUCUCGAGAACCAGAAGAAGAAGACCCGUAUGGGUGGUCAGAGUCUGGAGCAGAAGAAGGCUGUGCAAGAUCAAGCCACGCUUGAGAAGGUUCUAGCCUGGCUCAACGAUGGCAAGGAUGUCCGCAAGGGCACCUGGGGCCCCAAGGAGAUUGAGGUCAUUAACCCUCUCUUCCUUCUGACUGCCAAGCCCGUUGUCUACCUUGUCAACUUGUCUGAAAAGGACUUCAUCCGCAAGAAGAACAAGCAUCUUCCCAAGAUUGUCGAGUGGAUCAACGAGAAUGCCAAGGGCGACCCUCUCAUUCCUGUCUCCGUUUCUUACGAGUCUCGUCUCACUUUGUGCGAGACCGAGGCUGAGGCUAAGGAGGAGCAGAAGAAUGCCGGUGCCGACUCUGUUCUGCCCAAGGUCAUUCUUCAGAUGCGAAAGACCCUGCAGCUUGGCAGCUUCUUCACAGUUGGACCUGAUGAGGUCCGACAGUGGACCAUCCGCAAUGGCACCAAGGCGCCUCAGGCCGCCGGUGUCAUUCACAACGAUUUCGAGAAGACCUUCAUCCAGGCUCUCGUCUUCAACUACAACACCCUCAAGGAACUCGGUGAUGAGUCUGAGGUCAAGGCCAAGGGCAAGAUCAUGACCAAGGGUAAGGAGUACGUCAUGGAGGACGGCGAUAUUGUCCACUUUAAGGCUGGUGCUGCCAAGGGCUAA